UGAAUAACCCUAUACCUUCCAACCUGAAGUCAGAAGCUAAAAAGGCAGCUAAAAUAUUGCGUGAAUUUACAGAGAUAACUUCUAGAAAUGGACCAGAUAAAAUCAUACCUCCCCAUGUCAUAGCCAAGGCCAGAGGCCUGGCAGUGCUGUCUGUCAUCAGGGCCGGGUCCCUGCUGACCGCGCGCGGCGGCAGUGGCAUCGUCUUAGCUCGGCUGCCCAAUGGAACCUGGUCUGCUCCUUCUGCCAUAGGAAUUGCUGGCCUUGGUGGUGGAUUUGAAAUUGGAAUCGAGGUCUCAGACUUGGUGAUAAUCCUCAAUCAUGAACGAGCAGUAGAAGCUUUUGCCAAAGGAGGGAAUCUCACACUUGGAGGAAAUCUUACUGUGGCAAUUGGACCUCUGGGGAGAAACCUGGAAGGGGAUGUUGCCCUGCGAAGCUCUGCUGCUGUCUACACAUACUGCAAGUCUCGAGGGCUGUUUGCAGGGGUGUCUCUGGAGGGAACCUGCUUAAUCGAAAGGAAAGAGACAAAUCGCAAGUUUUAUGGGCAGGAUAUCCGUGCCAGUGCCAUCCUGCUCGGGGAUGUGCCUUUUCCUGCUCAAGCAGAUGAUCUCCAUGAAACUCUAGCAUCCUUCACUGAGGUGUAUGAAAGUGAAGAGCAGAAGAACAAGCCAGGAAAAUCGGUAAAUGACCCACCUGCUAGACCAGCAUCCAGACCAGAACCACCUAAACCUGCUGUCAGACCUACAGCACCAGCUAAAAAGAACACAAACAAACUUUAUCCUGAACUCCCCAGUGAUUAUGCAUCUGUGGAGAACCCUUCGAGUGGCCCAGUGGAAGUGACAGCACUGUACUCCUUCGAGGGGCAGCAGCCAGGGGACUUGACUUUCAAAGCUGGAGACAAAAUCAUGGUGACAACCAAAACAAAUUCCCAGUUUGACUGGUGGGAAGGGAGAAUAGGAGGACAAACUGGCAUCUUUCCAGCCAAUUAUGUUGCCAUAAGUAACAACUGA